UUAGCCAGACGGGAUGGGGAGUGACUUACACCCCUGAGGGAAUCUGUGCCUUGAAGGGGUCUUCAGUAGACAUGAGCUGCUCUUACUCAAAUCCCACAUCUCACACAGUGCAGAAAACAUUCUGGUUUAUUCACUGGAACAAGCCACAGGAGCCUGAGGACCUGUCCCAGGACCCAAAGUACUCUCACCGUGUGGAGUAUCUGGGGAAUCAGAGCAGUGACUGCACUUUCAGAAUAAACCAACUGAGAGAAACUGAUUCAAAAACAUACCGAUUCAGGUUCCUAAAUGAAUGUGAUCGAUAUACUGGAGAACCUGGUGUCGCGUUGGAAGUCACUGAUCUACAGGUGAUGGUGAAUCCUGACACAGUGACAGAGGGACAGAGUGUGAUACUGACCUGCUGGACCACUUGCAUUCUGACUGGCAGCCCAGCCUUCAUCUGGUACAGGGACGGAUUUCCUCUGUCCUUCACUGAUCAGAGUCACCAGUUCACAGCCAGCAGUGAAGACCGAGGCAGCUACACCUGUGCUGUGAAAGGCUAUGAGCUUCAUUCCCCUCCAGUGGCUAUAAAUAUGACAUAUUCUCCCAAGAGCACCUCAGUAGCAGUGAGCCCCUCUGGUGAAAUAGUGGAGGGCAGUUCAGUGACUCUGACCUGCAGCAGUGAUGCCAACCCACCAGUGCAGAACUACACCUGGUUUAAGAAGAAUGACACUGGAGUCUGGCAUGCAGGAUCUGGACAGAGUUUGAACUUUUCUAACUUUAGAUAUUGGAACAGAGGACAGUACUACUGUGAGGCACAGAACAGUCUUGGAGCUCAGAAUGCUACUGCUCUACAGGUCACAGUGCAAGGAGGUCAGUCACUGAUCGUGGCUGCAGCAGUGGGAGUGGGCUGCCAUUUUGGCUCUUGUGAUUCUGGGUGUUGUGUGCGUGAGGAAGAGAAAAUCAACAAAUGAGACAGAAGGGGACAGGCAGGGGAAUAAAAGCCCCAUUUUUGGCAACGUCUCAGGGAUGGCAAUGAGUCACACUGGAACACAGGAUAUGGACAGAGACGACAGUGAAGUUCCCCUCUACUCCUCUUUUCAGCCCGCU